AUGCAAGCACAUGGCUACACACCCUUCAGAAAAGACCGCCCUGGCAGGCGGCGUGGAGGAGGCGUUGUCAUCUAUUUGAAGUAUAUGACUUACAACCCAGUCAAAAUCACCCCAUGUCAUCAUCUACCCACCAUCUACAUUUUGAAUGUCACUAGCAUUUUCAAGCCACAUGCUAUUGAGCAUUUGAGGUGUGACGUGUAUCCUCUACACCCUGACAUUAUCAUCAUCACCGAGUCAUGGCUUAGGCCAGAUCAUUCUGAUGGCUUUCCAACAUUUUAUGCACUCAAAACUAUCCGCUCACAUGGUCUCAGAGGCAUCAAAUUAUUCGACAUCACUGAAUCAUUCAUAAUCUCACGCAUCAAAUAUGCAGCUCCCUCCUGCCAAACACUUCCUGAACUGAAAGUUUGUAAAAACAACGCCUACACAGCCACUAUUCAAAAAGCUCAAAUUGAAGAGAAAAAGUCAAAAAAAAUUGAAUUGAUGGAAAAACGAAACCAAGAAAAUUUUUUGGGAAGUAUCAACUUGAAAUUAUUAUCCAAGGAAGAUAAAGCCAUAAAAAAAUAUCAUAAAAGAAAAGAACUUCGCGAAGCUCUUUUAUGUCAGCUUAAGGAUAAAAAAGAAAGAACAGAUUGUGAAAAAAUGGUUAAAAUAAAUGAAGAAAUGAAAUUAAUAUGCAACGAUAUUGAGGAACUGAAAAAGGAUAAAAUAAGUUUUCAACUUGAUCAGGGUGCUGUUAUGAUUUCUGAUUUUUCUGACCGCCAUCCAAUUUUUUUUUCAAUAAAAAAGAAAAAUUUAUUUGAGGUUAGCUGGGAUCCAAUUGUCACCGAAAAUGAUGUUAAUACAGCAGGACUCAUUACGGAAAAAUUCUUUCGACCAAAAGCCAAGUUUGUGUCAGGUACAAACAGUAAACCUGAAUUGUUAGAGCGCAAUGCUUGA